AUGAAGACUACUUCUGCCCUGAGUUUAGGCUUUGCCGUUGCUACUCGUUUCUGCAGCGCCGCCGAAGUGACUACGCCAACAAUUAUCGUGCCUGUUCCCACUCAGGGAGCAGCCUUCACCUCUACCGUGUCUGCCUGCGACACCGUUCCCGCCUUUGCUAUCAUCGGUGUGCCCAAUGGAACCUUCUUCCCCGGUACCACUACUAUCUACUUGCCCCCUCAAGCCUCCGAAGCCACUAGCACUUUUGUGGAUCUCGAAAACAACCUCACCGAAGUUGUAAUCGCCUCGCCUCUCCCCGGGAGCUGCGCAGACAUCUCGCUGCCCGCCGACGCAACUGGAACCGUUAACCCCAGUCCUUCGAGCUCCGCCGAGGCCUGUCCUUUGAAAGGCUGCUCGGCCGGAGUCGACAAAUCCGCGCAGCUGGUCAUCAACCUCAUCAACGAGGUCGCCAUUGCGUCCCAGGAGCUGCAGGCGGCCGCGAAGAAGAUCGGCACCAGAAAAGCGCGGGGCCUCGAGCCGCGCCUGAACAUCCUAACCGACAUCGUCCCACCGCUCCAGAACAUCGUCGCCACCCUGACGUUAGGGCUACCCACCAUCGCGGUGCUCUCGCCGUUCCCACCCGGAUGCGACAGCGAUACCAUCGUUGUGGCCCUCAUCGAUUUCGUGCGCAUCCACCAGGCCCUAUUGGAGGUCUUCAUCGGCCGCGCCGGCCUGCUCUCCGGGCCCUUCCUGCUAGCCGAGCGCGCGGCGAUCGGCGGUGCCGGCGUCGGCAGCAACGAGAAGUUCUUCAACCCCCUUGGCAUCGCUAUCGCUGGUGCUCUACGCGCUAUCGAGACUGUCGUCGACAACCUCGCCUUCGCCAUCAUCGGACUCGUCCCCACCCGCCAGGCUUGCCUCAACCAGCAGAAGAUCAGCAUCGAUGGGACUUUGAAGGAGGCUAUUAAGGCGUACCAGCCCUAG